GGGGUUUUUUUUUGUAAUAUAAAAAAGUUAGUUUUUUUAAAUAAAGUUUGUGUUAAUUUAUGCGUGAUUUUACGUGAAAAAAUGUUUUAAUUAAAAUAUAGUGAUGUGUGUUAUGGCUGGUGUAAUGUAAUUUAUCUAUUAAUAUAUUUUAUAAACAAAAUUAAACUGUUAUUUUUAUGAAGUGCAUUAAAAUACGUAAUAAAAUAGCUUUAGCAAAAAACGAAAAUGUUUAGUGAAAAAAUUUGACGAUGGUGGAAACUGUAAUAUUAAUACCCCCUGAUGGGGGUUAUGGAUGGAUUAUAGUAUUGGCGACAGCCUUAAAUAAUAUAAUCACAAUACCAAUUAUCCAAUGUUUUGGAAUGCUAUUUAAAGAUAAAUUUACGGAAUAUGGAAUUUCUGCAACAGAAGCAACCAUAAUAAUUAAUUUUAAUUUUGCAUUUGGUAUGUUAUUGGGUUUAAUAAAUGGGCCAUUAUUGAAAAAAUUUGGUUUUAGAAAAAUUGCAUUAUUUAGUGCAUCGAUUUAUGCGCUUGGAAUAUGUAUGACGGCAUUCGCACGAACAUUUACACAUUUUUUAAUUACUUAUGGAAUUAUUGCUUCGUUAGGCGUGAGUUUAUCAACAGCUUCCUUUCAGUUAGCUAUAAAUACAUACUUUCGGAAACGAAGGAAUAAAGCUGUUGGUUAUGCAAUGACAUUGACAGGUUUAGGGCCUGUAUUUAUGCCAUAUGUUGUUGGGUUUUCUAUGAUAUAUUAUGGUGUGCAAGGUACUUUACUUAUUUUAAGUGCGCUGGCCACACAUUCGAUUGCAUCAGCGUUGUUACUACAACCAGUGAAAUGGCAUAUAAAAAAGGAAAUCAUUCCAGUGGAAGAAGGUGAAAAACUAUUAAAUGAAAAAACAGAAAGUACUGAAACGCCAUCACAACAGGCGAAAAAAGCUGGUAGUGAAUUAGGAUCAAUGGAGGAUAUAGAUACAGCGUCUUUAUAUGGUUAUGAAAGUGCGCCACCUAGUCGAAGAAACUCGAUGGAUUUAACGCAAGUUAAGCAAGAACGUCAUAGAAAAAUUUCCAGACAAAAAUCAACGACUGAAAAGCUGUACCAAUCAAAUUUAUCAUUGGCUUCGAAUAAAUAUCACUUAGACAAAAAAAUCGUUGAAGAAACAGGAGUUGAAGAGGAAUUACUUAACAAAAAUGAAAAAUCUGCCGAGAAAUCAACCACAAAUCCUUCAACAACAAUCUCAUUGAAUAAUAUAAAUAAGGAAAAAACUUUGGAGGAAAAAAUUCCAGAAGAGGAAUCAUGGUUUAAGUCGUUUUUCCAUCGUGUAGUUUUAUUUUUCGAUUUAGACUUAUUAACGGAUAUGAAAUAUGUGAGUUUAAUGUUGGGAAUGUCAGUUGCUGUUUUUGCUGAAAUCAAUUUUUCAUUACUUACACCAUUUAUUUUGAAUGAUUUUAAAUUUACAACAUCGCAAAUUGCAACAGUUAUGUCAAUUAUUGGAAUUUUUGAUAUUAUAUUUCGAUUUAUUUCACCAUUUAUUGGCGAUCAUUUUAAAAUUCCAGCCAAAGUUAUGUACAUGUUUAGUAUGGUUCUGCUAGUUUGUUCGAGAUCAUGUAUUCUAUUUUAUCAAACGUAUUCACCAAUGCUGGUAAUUGCUGUGUUAUUAGGAAUUUCUAAAGGUUUUCGAACUGUAUACAUGAGUCUUGUUAUACCAUCGUAUGUGCCCUUGGAGAAGUUAGCAGCUGCAUCUGGUAUACAAAUGGUUGUAAAUGGAAUCAUUUUACUUGGGGCUGGUCCGAUUUUAGGUAUAAUUCGUGAUCGAACUGGUAGUUUUGCAAAUUGUAUUAUAGUUAUAAAUUUAGUCACAUGUAUUACAUUAUUUUUUUGGACUUUAGAAUAUAUUAUACAUUAUUGUAGACGGAAUAAAAAUAAAAAAAAUACUAAAUAAAUCGAUCCAAGUCGGCAAAAAAAGGACAUACUGUGAUUUAAAAAAAAUGCAUUUUUUUGUAAAACAUUCGAAUAUAUUUUAGGAUUAAGACGAAAAGAUGUAAUUUUUUUUUGUAAAAUAAAAAAUUUAUCCAAAAUCCAAA